AUGAAGUUCGGCUGUCUGUCCUUCCGACAGCCUUAUGCAGGUUUCAUCUUAAAUGGUGUCAAGACCCUGGAGACGCGGUGGCGGCCCAUGCUACGCAGCCAACAGCACUGUACCCUGGCAGUCCACAUCGCACACCGGGACUGGGAGGAUGAGGCCUGGCGGGAGCUGCUGGAGCAGAGGCUGGGGAUGAGCCCCACCCAGAUCCAGGCCUUGCUGCAGGACGGGGACAAGUUCGGCCGUGGAGUGAUCGCGGGUCUCGUGGACAUUGGGGACACUUUGCAGUGCCCAGAAAACCUAGAUCCCGAAGAGAUGGAGGAGCUGGAAAAUCAAGCCCUGUUGCCCGAUCUGCAACAGAAGUACCUGACUGUGCUCUCCAACCCCCGCUGGCUGCUGCAGCCUGUCCCUAGAAGGGGUGGGAAGGACGUCUUCCUGGUGGACAUCCCCCAGCAUCUGAUCCCCUUUGGGCAGGAGGCCUGUCCAAACUCAGCUUUCAAAAGGUGA